AUGUUAUUUCCUUUCUUAUCCUUCCUUCCAUCCUUCCUUUCUUCCUUAUUUUCAUUCCAUCCUUUCUUUCAUUCAUUCAUUCCUUUCAUUUAUUUUUUUUCUUUUCUUAGGAAUGUGUUCAUCUUUCAUUAUGUUAUUUCCUUCCUUCAUUCUUUCCUUUCAUUCUUUUCCUUUCUCCCUUUCUACCUUCCUUCCUUCCAUUCAUUCCUUCCUUCCUUUCAUUUUUUUUUCUUAUUUUAUUCUUCAUUUGUUAAUGUUUUUUUCUUCAUUCACAUUGUCUUUCCUAUUUUUCUAAUUUAUUUUUAUAUAUUCGUUAUUUUCUUCUCUUUAUUUCAUUCUUCAAUUUAUAAUUCAUUCAUAUUUAUUCUUUUUUCAUUUUUGAUCAUACUUAUGUUUAUUCUUCUUUCUAUUCUGUUUGUCCCCUCCUCCUUUCAUUUUCUCCUUUUUUUCUCUUAA